AUGGAUCCGUCACCAGAUUCGCCUAUUGACGCUCGGUCUUCCUUUGACUCCGUCAGCCGUGAACCGCAACCGACGGAUUCGAUGGUUACGGUUCCUCUUUCGGACACCCCAUACAUCCCUAAAGCUCCUGAUUCCAUUAGUAGUGCCUCCAAUAUAUCUGGUUCUCAAAUUGUCGAGAGCCCCCGGGAUAUUAGUGGGGGAGAAUACACAGCUGGAGAAAAUGAAAACACUCCCGGACGGCAAUCGAAGAGCCGAUCAGGGAGCUCAACUUCUUUUUCUUCUUCUUCUGCAAGAUCCAUAUGCAGUAGAGGAAGCAACGGACAGGAAUCUCAAGAAGGAAGUGAUUGCGUGGAUUGGGGAGAGUUGGAGAAAACAGAGGAAUUGGAGUCAAAGAGUGAGACCGGUGAUGAGUCUACUGCGCUACUUCUUGCGAGGUUAGAACAAGAGAAUAACGCACUCGUCGGAAACCCCAAGUCUGGCUCGCAUAUCCGAAAGGAUUCCCGGCGGCCGUCCAUUCAUCAACUUAGAAAGCUCGUUGACGAUCCCUCAAGGUUUUCCCUACGAUUUUCUCAGCUCCCAACCCCUCAUAUGACUGAUCUGGACUUUUGGGCUGCACUUGUUGCCGAUUACACUCACACAGCUCAGCGGCUGCCAACUUUGACUUCCAACAAGAUAAGAGCAGGCGUACCUCCACCGUUAAGAGGGGUGGUUUGGCCAAGCAUUGCUGGUGCUAUGGAUUCAGAACUUUUAGAAGAGUUUGAGAGACUCAGUGGGGAGACCAGUCCCUACGAGGGCCUAAUCGGCAAAGAUAUCGGUAGAAGUUUUCCUAAUGUGGAUAUGUUUCGCGAUCCGAAUGGAGAGGGGCAACAGAUGCUGGGAAAAGUAUUGAAGUGUUUCAGCCUUUAUGAUAGCAAGAUAGGAUAUUGUCAGGGACUGGGGUUUGUUGUCGGGCCUCUUUUGAUGCACAUGAGCGAUGCCGAGGCUUUCUGUGUACUUGUGCGCUUAAUGGAUCAUUACGAUUUGAGGUCUUGCUUCUUGCCAACUCUCUCUGGCUUACACCUACGGAUAUAUCAGUUCCAGACCCUCCUUUCUCGACAUUUACCGGAGCUCCACGCUCAUUUGGAAGCCCUGAAAAUUGAGCCCGUUUAUGUAUCGCAAUGGUUUUUAUCAUUCUUCGCGGUUACAUGUCCACUUCCAAUGCUCCUUCGCAUCUAUGAUGUCUUGCUUUUGGAGGGGGCUUGUGAAACCUUGAUGCGUGUCGCGCUUUCGCUCAUGCAGCGAAACCAGAAAAAGCUCUUGGCAUGCGAAGAAUUUGAGGAUGUUAUGCAACUGUUACUCGCAAGAAACAUAUGGGAUACAUAUGGAUGCAAUGCGGAUACUCUUGUUCAGGAUUUUGUAUCUUUGACCUCCCUUGUCACACGGGAGAGCCUUAAAGAACUUGAAACCAGUUAUAGGGAAUCACAAGGUACCUCAACCAGUGUCUACUUCCCUCAGAUGCAGGCUGUUGCUUCAAGGUUCUUGGGUCGACUCUGGGCGGGAUCUGCUUCCUUUAACUCGACUAGGCCCCUUACACUAAAUCCCAACGCUCCCGCGUUGGUUUCACGCUCCUCCAGUAUUGUACGACGUACCCCAUCCAAACAAAGUAUGGCCUCCACAUUAAAUUCCUUUGAAUCAACAUCCGAUGCUAGCACUGCCCCGACUGAGCCUUCGUCAGGCCCUGCUUCCGCUGUUGAUUCGACGAAACGUACCACGAAAGUGACAGGAACUUCGAAUCCGGAGAGGGACCUACACACCCAAAUCGAGGACUUACUUAUAGCUUUGACCGACAUGCAACGAGAACACGCAGCCUUGGCGAAAGAAUUACAAAAAGAAAGGGAGGAGCAGGAGGAAGAUCAGCAAACAGCUAGACUAAUGCUUGAAUGCCUGAAAGAACAUCCAAGCGCCGAGCAACAUGCAGACCUAAUCGCCAAGGCCACCAGUCGUUUUUCUCCAAGAGAAUCCCGCCAUGUCUCAAUUCACCAAACUAAACACCAACUGCGUGAAGAGGUGGUUAUGUGGAAGGAGAAGCACGGCGUUGAGUCUUCGAGAUGUCACGAUCUGAGCAGACUCAUUGACGAACAGAAUAAGAAGUAUUCUCACAUGCAAGAGGAGCUUAAAGAAGCAAGGUCCCGACUACAAGAUGCGUCUAAAGACAAGCAACGGCUUGAGAAAACCAUUCAGGAAUUACGCGUGAGGAGAAACGCGCGAUCAGAUAUCCCUCAAGAAACCCAAGGUUCAAACGGAACAGUGGAUCGAAAUUUGACCGGCCUUCGCGAAUUCAAACUUUGUGGAACUGGUUCGAUCAACUCUACAUUUUCGAAACGAACAAGUAGCCUUGAGGCAGGGGUACUAACGUUUGCCGAAAAUUCUCAGGUUUCUCCUGACGACGAUCUUGUUCUUGAACUUGUUAAUGCCAAAACUUCUGAGGCAGUUGCUCGACAAGAACUCGAAGAGGUGAAAGCAAAACUGGACUCGUUGAGGAAGCUGAUCAGCCGCUCGGCAGACAGCUCACCCAACAGAUCAGGCCCUAUAGGGUUGAGUCGCAGCCUUACACUUAACACGCCUAUCCUAUCCGGAACGAUUUCAAGAUAUCCCACAGAACCUCCUAAAACACCAACCUUGUCUGCUGGUGCGGGGGGGUUUUUCAGCGGAUGGACGAAACGAACCCCUUCUACUGCCUCUGAAUUGCGUUAG